CCACGAUGCUCGUCGAACCGUUGAUACGUACCGACUGGCCCGUCUGCGCCUGCAAGCCUCCUCCACACCUGGUUGGACCAGAGGCUGUUGCAAAGAAUAGAAAUCGGUCUGCGCUUCAGCCCUCUCUGGCUCCUUCUCAAUCGCUCGUCGUGUUGGCACAAUCUAAUCUCCCUUCUGCCUUUCAGCCCUCAGCCCUCAGCCAUGGCUCCGUGUUCGGUUGGCCCUGCAUCCUUCCGUUAGUAUGAAUAGGUGCGCCCAGCUUUUCUCACACGCUGUGGUCCUCGACUUGUUCUCGUGUCUGUCUCGCGACGCUGCAAGGUACUGAUCCUCGGCCUCUUUAUAGCUGGCGAUCGUCGGGCAAUGCUGGCGACGAGCCGCCGUCUGGUCCUUAUUCUUACAGCGGCUGGCCGACACCUCUUACCUCCAG